AUGGCGGCACUCAACAGAUUCAUUUCGAAGUCAAUUGAUAAGUGUGUACUGUUCUUCAACAUAUUGCGAGGCAACAAACAGUUCAAGUGGACAAAAGAGUGCGAAGAGGAGCCUCCAGUUUUGGCGAAGCCAAUAACUGGAGAGACAUUAUUUCUUUAUUUAGCCAUCUUGGAAGAUGCAAUUAGUGCAGCUAUAGUGCGAGAAGAGGGUAAGCACCAACAACCUAUUUACUACGUAAGUAAAAGGUUACUAGGGGCAGAAUCCAGGUUUGGAAUUCCCAUAAAGAUAGUAUCAGAUAAUGGAACUCAAUUUGAUGGCGACUUGUUCAUUGAAUUCUGCGAGAGGAAUAAAAUUGUCAAAAGCUUCUCGUCAAAAUCCAGGCCUCAGGCAAUUGGACAAGUAGAAGCCAUUAAUAAAACCCUAAAGGAUACUAUCAAGAAGAAGUUAGACAGUGCCAAAGGCAGAUGGGUUGACGAGCCACCUCAGGUGCUCUGGGCCCACAUAACUACCAAGAAAAUAGCCACGGGACACACUCCUUUCUCGCUAGCAUUUGGCUCGGAAGAAAUGCUGCCUGUUGAAGUGAAUAUAUCGACUCACAGAAGAUAG